AGUAGCAUUAUGCUGAGCCUCGUACAAGCCCUGCCAUGCGGUGCGCCCUUGUAGUUCCCCAAAAACCGGAGUCAGCAUCUCUGCGUCCGUUGCGCACAGCUGGAGGAGCAGUCCGCAGCGGCGCGGGGCCGAGCAGCCGGCCGCACAGUCCUUCCACAGGUCAAAGCUGAAGAUGAAACACACUUUGUGCGUACAUGUGCUUUUUUGUCUGCUGUUGGCUUCUUCACACCACAUAAGAGCGCAGGCAUGACUAAGGAUUAGCAAUGCAUCUGACAUAACUUCCUGUUUGGAGUCGAGACAAUGAACGUAUACUUGCCUCAGAGGAGGAGACUAAGGUGCAGCCGCAUCCUCUUCUUUAUCUCAGGUGUGCUGCUGUGUUUCGUCUACACCUUGACUUUGAAGGCCAGGCUGUCACAGCCACUAGCCUCCGCCCAGACGGAUGAUGGAGCGGAGGUGGGUAGCGAUGAACAUGUGGAGGUCAGCAUCCAGGAGUUGAUAGCGUCUAAUGAGACUGAGGAAACUAAAGCUACCCUGGUGAAAGUCGUCAACAGGACGGAUAUCGAACAGUGUAUCUAUGUAGAUCCCCAGCCUCCCAAACCGCCACCAACUCCACCGCCACUGACCACCGCAACUCCACACUACCCCCCAACCCAGCCACCUCACAGGAAGGGUGACUACCCAGAGGACUUGUUCUCGAUAGAGCAGCGUCAACAGGGCUGGGUGGCCCUGCACAUUGUAGGGAUGGUUUACAUGUUUGUCGCCCUGGCCAUCGUCUGCGAUGAGUUCUUCGUCCCUGCGCUGGAAGUCAUCACCAACAAGCUGGAGAUCUCAGAUGAUGUGGCUGGGGCCACAUUCAUGGCAGCGGGAGGCUCUGCCCCUGAGCUCUUCACCUCCCUGAUUGGGGUCUUCAUCUCCCACAGCAACGUGGGUAUCGGCACCAUUGUGGGCUCAGCCGUCUUCAACAUUCUCUUUGUGAUCGGCAUGUGUGCCAUCUUCUCUCGGGAGAUGCUGCACCUGACCUGGUGGCCUCUGUUCAGGGACGUGAAUUUCUACAUCCUGGACCUCAUCAUGCUUAUCAUCUUCUUCCUGGAUAACAUGAUCCUGUGGUGGGAGAGCAUCCUGCUGGUGCUGGGCUACAUCAGCUAUGUGAGCUUCAUGAAAUUCAACAGUCAGAUCGAGCAGGCGGUCAAGACCCAGCUUAACAAACACAUGAGCAUCGUUAAGGUGUGGACCACAGAGGAGCCAGAGAAGGAAAGUGAAGCACCACCACCUCCACCACCUGCUGCUGCUGCUCCAGCUGCUCCAGUUGCUGCGCCAAAAGUUGAAGAAAAAUCCAAACCAGAACCUGUACAACCUCCAAGCAGCCCUCAAAGCAGCAAACUGCUGCCAGACUCACAAGAUGACAAGACAAGACUCAAGGUGCGUCCAGCCCUGCAGCGAGGAGGCAGCUCAGCCUCCCUACACAACACCUCGCUUCGGAGCACCAUCUUCCAGCUGAUGAUUCACACAUUGGACCCUCUGGGAGAAGAUCCAGAUCAAAAGCCAAAGUCUGAGCAGCCAGCUGCUGCCGGUGCAUCAGAGGGAGCAGCUACUGCUGAGCCGUCCACCUCACAGCCUCCAAAGGCAGAAGAGACAACUCAGGAAACAUCUGACCGACCGGACGAAUCGAAGGCAGCAGCAGCAUCAGCAGGUGGAUCAGGGGGCUCUGAGGGCAGCGCUGAGGAUGAGAGUGGUGACGAAGAAAGCAGCGACUCGAGCGAGAGUGAAGAUGAUGGCGACAAUGAAGACAAGGAGGAAGAAGAAAAGGAGGAAGAAGAGGAGGAGGAGAACCAACCAUUGUCUUUAGGGUGGCCUGAAACCAGGCGCAAGCAGGCGACAUAUCUGUUCCUGCUGCCCAUCGUGUUCCCGCUGUGGCUCACCCUGCCUGAUGUCCGCAACCUGGAAUCCAGGAGAUACUUUGCCAUCACCUUCAUAGGCUCCAUCAUCUGGAUUGGUGCUUUCUCCUACCUGAUGGUGUGGUGGGCUCAUCAGGUGGGUGAAACUGUGGGCAUCUCAGAGGAGAUCAUGGGACUGACCAUCUUAGCAGCUGGGACAUCUAUCCCUGACCUGAUCACCAGUGUGAUUGUGGCCCGGAAGGGUUUGGGUGACAUGGCAGUGUCCAGCUCAGUGGGGAGUAACAUCUUUGACAUCACUGUAGGUCUGCCGAUCCCUUGGUUGAUAUACACCCUGCUCCACAACGGUGAGCCAGUUAUGGUCAGCUCCAAUGGCCUGUUCUGCGCCAUUGUGCUGCUCUUCCUGAUGCUCCUCUUUGUCAUUAUCUCCAUCGCCGCCUGUCGGUGGAAGAUGAGCCGAAAGUUGGGCCUCACCAUGUUCGUACUGUACUUUGUGUUCCUCGUCCUGAGUGUUCUGCUGGAGGAUCGUGUCCUCAUCUGCCCUGUUUCCAUCUGAGGGAAACAGCACCGUCACACAAGACUUGGUACAUCCACACACGAAUGAUACUGUAAUAUAGGAUCUGUUAGAGAAAAGAACUGAGCCUAAUGUUAAAAGGCUGAUCAGGCACACACUAGAUGCUAAAUUAAAGGAAAAUUCUACGCUUAAUGUGGUUUUACAUAUUUAAUCUGACAUUUAAUGACAUUUAAUCAACAUUUUCCAGCAGCUCCAGUCUCAUAAUAAAGUCUUACCCUCCACCUUUUUAACUGAGUGUCUAAGCUCUGUGAAAUAUAUUCAACAUAUAGUGCAAAGAGAUGUACACUCAAUGAAAUAAGGGCUAGGAUGUUACUGUCUUUGGUAUGAAAUACAAUGAGAUAUCCAACCGUGGCCUCUGUUGGCAGGAACAAAGACUGCCACUAGGCGCCUACUGCUUUAGUAUGAGUAGUGGGAUUAAACAGCAGGCAGGGAUACAUUGAAAUGUUAGUAGAAGAGAUUGGAAAAUGUGAAGCUUAAAUCAUGGCUUUCAAGUUUGGAGGGUGUGUUUGGUAUUGGACGUGUGGCUUGCAGGAUUUGAUCCAUUUGUGCACAUGUUCAGCCGGUAAUCAGCAAUCUGACUUUAUUGCCCACAAAGAAGUGAUUAUUUCUAACAUAUUGUUUAAUAGUUGCCAAUAGGAGUCCACUGGGAGUGCACUGAAGCAAGCCCGACUACUGUGUGUCCAUAUUUCCAACAUUUCCAACAGUUUUUUAAUGAAAAACGGGAAAACGAUCAGACUUAGCCGCUUAGUCUGCAGGCGCGUGAUUAGAAAGCUAAGUGGUCACAACUAUUUUUCUUUGUGGUUUAAAAGCAACUACCAUUGCAACUAUCAUUUUCAAAGUUCAUUACUAGCCAUACUGUGCAACAUGGAUUUAAUAAACUUAAGAGACACAUUUGAUUAGUGUAGAUUGUACACUGGAUGAUGUUACCUGCCGAAUCUUGGCCAAGAUGAAUGGCUGGUAUUUCUCAUGUGUGUGUUUCCAUACUAGAUCCUCAUUUGUGCGGUCACAAUAUCAGCUGAGAGAAAUUAUCUUUAGUUUUUCUCAAGUACUGGUGUCAGCACAUCAUUUCAUGUUGCACUCCUAACAAUAGUAGGUGAUAAAGGAUAUAACAGCAGCGGUGAGAUGGCUGUCUUUGAUUUCAAAACCAUUACAACAGCCAACUUUGAACCUCUUUCACAGUGGGCUAUAGAAUCACCAGUUUGGAGCCAUGACCAAAUUAAGAAUAGUUUUACCCCAAGAAUCCUCUUCAAAUGCAAAAAGUGCAACAGUUUUGUAUAGUAGUGAAACACAUUUACCUAACACAUGAAAGAUCACAGGUCAAGACCAGGAGAAGACACAAAUCCUGAAGUCCAACACACAGAUCCAUCUGCUGUAGCGACCUGCUGUGAAUGAGGGAGUAGCUGGAAGAAGCAUAAUUAAAAACUUCUUAUCGCGGGAGCAAUGACUGUAAAAUAUCAAUACAGCUAAUGCACACAAGACGAGAGAUGUCAGAAUAAAUCAGGAAAUAACUAACGCUAAGACCAGGACUAAGAUAUAUAAGAUUGAAAUAAGAUUUGCCGUGUUGUGGCGUUAACGUCAUUUCAACGAGAUUAACGCUGACAGCACUAGUGGAAACACAACGAA